AUGCAUAGUAGCAGUAAUAUCAAUGGUGGUGGGAAUGCGACGAAUGCAAGCGUAGGAGGAGGACAGCAAGCACAGCAGCAACACGUGUCUUUUGAGAAGGGAAAUCAGCAACACGAACGAGUGGAUGCGUUUUCGCGAGAAAGCGACCCGCGGAAUCCGAAUCAGCAGCUGCAACACCAAAACUACCACCAAAACUACCACCAAAACUUUAGUAGCAGUAAUAACAAUGAUGCGAUGCAGCAGCAGCAGCAACAUUCGCGCGAGGACGAGGAGCCUGCUGGGACGUCGUCUGCGUUGAAUUCGAAUGAACCGCCGCCGAUGCCGCGAGCGAGUAGUUUCGUGGCGAGGCAAAGCGACGUUCGCAGCCGAUACGUGGAUGUUUUCAAUCCGACGGGUGGGGAUACGAGCGAUGGUGGUAGUGGUGGUGGUGGCGCUCAAAGUUUAUCGGGAAGUGCGGCGGAUGUGGCGUCUUUUUUACCGCCGCCGAUUGCCGUGGCAAAGCCGCAAAAGUUUUUCGUUCCCGGGCCGAGCGCGAAGGACGAGGACGAAGCGAAGAACGAAGGUAAAUUAGAAAGCGAAUCGCCGCAUUACGUAGAGAAUCAGCAAGUGCUCUCGCCGACGAAAAGAGAAAGUCCUCAUCACAGUAGCAGCAACAACAACGAUAGCAAUACUUUUACUAGCGAUGGUGAACAGCAUCAUCAUCAUCAUCAUCAGGAGCAGCAACAACACCUCACUCAUUUUAAACCGGGCUCGCCGGCGGUUCCAGAGAAUGAAGUUUUGAAUUAUCCUCCGCCUGGAGAACACCAUCAGAAUGGAAUGAUAUCGAAUACUAGCGAACAACAACAACAACAACCGAUGUAUGACCAGUGGGGAAAUCUCAUAGAGCAACAGCUGCCUCCGCAACCUCCAUCCGCCACGGGAUCUAUGCGAAGCGAGGGGCACGAAUCGACGAGUCAGUUCGACGCAUACAUCGAUCAGAAUAAUCAGUAUCCGUCGAGUUACGAUCAACCACUUCACGAACAAACGCAGCAACAACACGUUGAUUACGAGGACGACGACGAUUACUUGCGUCCUCCGCAACAAAUGGAACAACAACAACAACAACACCAACAAAACUAUUCAGAAUCUCCUGGACGAAACAGCGACGGGUAUGAUUUUGCUCCGCCAUCACCUCGAAUUAGCGAGGGCGGUACCGUGAAUACUACUGCCGCCAAUAACAAUAGCGCGAAUACUGCAUUCAUGCCGCCUUCUUCUUCGGAUGGUUUCGCGCGAAACGACUACGAUUUCAGCAACGAAAUAAUGCCGUCGGCGCCACACGACGAGAAUAAAGGCAACGAUGAAAACAUGAACGACUACGACUACGUCGACUACAACGACGGCAACGACAACGGAAAUGAAGGAGACCACGACAAUGCGGGGGAAGAUCAACCGCCGUUCAACCCGGACGAUUACCCGGGAUGGGUAUUAGACGAAGCCUCAGGCGCGUGGUAUUAUGCCGGCGAUGGCGAGGAAGAAGGCGAAUACGUCGAAGGCGAAGGCGAAGAAUACGAGUACGACACGACGGGUUGGAUCGAACGCGAAGUCUACGACGACGUCGCCGCGAAACUUGCAAACGCAGAGGUUACAAUUAGCGAUAAAAACGUCGAAAUCGACGCGGUAAAGAACGAGAAUGAAAAUCUCAAGUUGAAGCAGGCUGACGCGGCCACGGAUUUAGAGCAAGCGGAAAGAGAAGUCGCAGAGUUGAAGUUAAAGGUUGAGCAGUUACAGAACCAGCGCGACGCAGCGUUGACGGCAGAGCAGGUGGCCGAAGCCGAGGAGCGAGGGUACAAGCGAGGCUACGAUGAAGCGACCAAGCACUUCGAGGAGGAGAUGAACGACUUGUUGAUGUGCUUGGGUCAAAGCGAAAGGGCGUGCGAUCGUUUGAAGGAAAAGUUGGCCGAAACGGGCGCCGAUGUCGACGCGAUACUCGAAGAGUUAGAAGCCGAAGAAGACGAAGAGUUGAACAGAUUGUUUGCGCAAGCAGCAAGUGUGGAAGAGAAAGCGGAAGUAUCGGCGGAAGAAGAGCAAGCGACACCGCCGCAAAGUCCUACUUCUGCGAGGAAAAAGAACAACGUUCUGGGCGACCUCGAAUUUCCAGACGCGCCGGAUUCUCCCUUCGUUGGUGCCGAUUCCACGACGGAAGAUAGAGACGACGACGAUAACGACGACGACGACGACAACGAAAAAACCAAGGAAGAUGAAGAAGAAGAGGAGAUGGAAGAUGCCGAGGACAGCGCUUUUGUCAUUCCAAACGCGCCGGCGGGCGUCUCGGAAUCGGACGUUUCCGCGUUCUUUGCCGAUUUCCAUCUUCCCACGCCGCCGCGCGGGCAAGGCAUUACCGACUCAAACAAACUGGAAGAAAACGAAGAUAUAAACAGCGGAGAUCAGGAAGGGGGAGAAGAAAAGAAGCACUUAAAUUUUGAAGACGCAAAGGGAGACAAGGCGGAGGAAGAAAAAGAAAACGACGGCGACGCCACGGAAUCGGACAGAGAACAAGAAGAAGCUCUGACGGAAAUUCAGCUGUAA